AUCAAAACAGCAUCAGUUUUUUCCCUCCUCCAAAAAUGCAGCUUGCCCCGUGCUCCCUUCUCUCUCAUUGGAGUCGCUGCGCUCUUUGUAUUUGCCAUUCCUCCCCGUCCUCUCCUUCCUCCGCUUUCGCUUUCGCAGGAGAAUCUACUGGUUGAGAUGACGGUGGUGCGGGGUUGGCGGGAAGAAUCGACGAACGAGUUCGAAGUGGAGGUGCGGGCCCCGUCGCUACGGAGCGUCGUCAGCUGCAGCGGUCCGCCGAGGAGUAGCAACUUUACGUUUAGGGCACCGCAGGAAAACUUCACCAUCGAUGAUUUUGUGCUCGGGCCGGUCCUCGGCGUUGGUUCCUUUUCCAAGGUAGUUAGGGUAAAGAAGAAAGAUACGGGACAAGUGUAUGCUAUGAAGAUCAUGGACAAGGCUUUUAUUACCAAACAACAGAAAGUAUCCCAUGUAAAACGGGAGCGCAUUGUACUCGACCAACUAAAUCAUCCUGGGAUUGUUCAGCUUUUGUUCACAUUCCAAGAUUCUUAUUCCCUUUACAUGGCAUUCGAGGCUUGUGAAGGAGGAGAGCUAUUUGAUCAAAUAACCAGGAAAGGCCGUAUCUUUGAGGGUGAGGCUCGCUUUUAUAUGGCAGAAAUUAUUGAUGCCUUGGAAUAUCUGCAUGGCGUUGGAUUAAUUCAUCGUGAUAUUAAGCCAGAGAAUUUACUUCUUACUGCUGAUGGGCAUGUCAAGGUUGCUGAUUUUGGCAGUGUAAAAGUAACUGAAGAUGCCCAAAUCUUACUUCCUCCACUUGCGGCAAAUGAAGAAACUGGUUCUUUUGAGGGAACUGCUGCAUAUGUUCCUCCAGAAGUACUUAACAGAUGUACAACUAGUAUAGCAAAUGAUCACUGGGCUCUUGGGUGCACCAUGUAUCAGAUGCUUUCUGGAACUUCUCCCUUCCAUGAUUCUUGUGAAUGGCUUAUGUUUAAGAAAAUCAAAGCAAGAGAUAUCACGUUCCCUGCUUACUUUUCAGAUGAAGCCAUUGAUCUGAUUGAUAAAUUAUUGGAUAUUGAUCCUGGAGGAAGAUUGGGCGCUGGCCCAGGGGGUUAUCCUGCCCUAAAGAUGCAUCCUUUCUUUAAGGGCAUUGAAUGGAGCAAGUUAAGACAGUUGUCAGCCCCGAAGAUCGCUCUGAACUCGAAUGUUUUAAUCCAAAAUGAUUCCAGGAGGGUCUUGAAGAAAAAUAAAUCAGCUGUUGUCCUUUAUAAGAAUUUAGCUUCAGAGUUUGGUUCUAAUACAUCACCGUCAUUAGAAUUUCAUACUGCUUUGUUGGCUUCAGUGGACUCUUUUGAUUCUAGAUGGAAAGAGUUUCUGGAGUAUGGGGAGACUGUUGUUUUGGCUUCUAAGCUCAAAAAACUGCGUCUGCUCACAAGCAAAAAAGUGCAGCUCAUCCUCACCAACAAACCCAGAUUAUUUUAUGUUGAUCCUUCCAAGUCAAUAGAAAGUAUGAAGAUUCUAUGGUCGGAUAACCCUAAUGACAUUGGCGUCCAGGUCUUGAAUUCUUCACACUUCAAGGUUUGCACGCCAAUGAAGGUCUCAACGUUUGAGGAUAAGAAACAACUUGCUUGGCACUGGAAGAAGGCAAUUGAAGGCCUUGUAAACCGCUGAAUUCACCUGGAGCCAAUAUUUUUGCCUUGUAAGCUUAUUUGGUUACUUGAUGUUAGAAAUAAUGAUUUACAAAAAUUAUCAUUUUUGGUAAAUCCAUAAUUUGUCUGGAUGUAAAUAGACACAGGCAUUAAUUAAAAAAUUCAGAGGCAUUCUCAAAACAUC